AUGUCUGGUUGUUUUGUGCACUGCGAACAUACGCUGGCCCCGCACCAAGAGUACGUUCCCGGUCUGUUAAAGCAACUGACUGUCGGAUAUUUAGACCUCAUCGCAAGAUGUAAACACACACAAACCGAAGUCCUCACCCCAAAUUCAGACCCCCAAAAAAAUUAUGGUCUCGAUAAUUCAGAGAACGACCUUAUCAUUCACGUCAACGACAUUUUGGGUACUGCAACAUCCCUCGAAGGAAUACAAUUUUCGUUAGACCAAAAGUCUAUAACGCGUUACAAAGUCGUUCAACUUCUUGGUCGCGGCACUUUUGGGCAAGUCCUCAAAUGUAUUGAUUUAAAAGAUGGAAAAUAUGUGGCAAUAAAAGUUCUCAAGAACAGACCAGCCUACUUCAAACAGAGUCUUAUUGAACUUACUGUCCUUCACUUUCUUAACAAAUUCUACGACAAUUCUCCACAUAGCAGAGUACUCAAAAUGCAUGACUAUUUUAUGUAUUAUAACCACAUUUGCAUCGUCACAGAAAUGCUUGGCAUCGAUUUGUAUGAAUUGACACGGAGAAACCAUAACCAUGGCUUUAGUAUCCAAACCAUUCGAAAAUUUAUUCAACAAAUAUUGCGCGCUUUGUUGGUCCUUGCAAAGGGGAAUAUAGUUCAUUGCGACAUCAAGCCCGAAAACGUGUUAUUAGUGGGUCAGACCUCAAAAGUAAAACUCAUCGACUUUGGGAGUGCCUGUUUCGAAAACUACACAUUAUACAGUUACAUUCAAUCAAGACAUUACAGAGCACCAGAAGUUGUGUUGGGACUUCCGUAUUCUUGUGCAAUUGAUAUGUGGAGUAUCGGGUGUAUGACGGCUGAAUUAUUUUUAGGUUAUCCACUGUUUGGAGCGACAAGUGAAUAUAACUUGUUGUAUAAAAUGCAAGAAGCGCUUGGUGAGAUUCCUACCGAGAUGUUAGAGCGUGGAACAAAGACGUCAAAGUAUUUUUAUAACGAAGAGGGCGUCUUUUUAUUUAAAGAACAAUUUGAAUUUGAGUAUGAAAACAAUGUAAAAAUACCACAGAACAGAGACUAUUUCAAAUACACCUCUCUCAAGGAUUUGAUCCUUUUGAACCAAGUAAAAAUUUCAACAAACGACGCUCGCUCGUCUGAUGAAGUAAGGCAGUGUUUGCUGGACUUUAUUCAGCGCUGCUUGUCAUAUAACCCAUCAGAAAGACUAACGCCAGACCAAGCAUUGACACACCCGUUCAUUACCAAUUUGCCAUUUGAAAAUUACACCCCAGCUACUCGACUCUAUCCAUUUAAAGAGUAUGGGAAAACAAUGACACUCGACCAAAAAGACUUUGUUCAGGUCAUGCUUGAAAAAAUGCCGGAGUUGCGGUACAUCCACGGCGCGUUCAACACACAACAAUAUUUCACUAUUUUCAAAACUGCUCUGAAUAAUGGACAUGUCAUUAAUAUAUUGGCCGACUCACCGCUGCGUGGGACGAUCACUCCACCAUCACUUCGUCUUUAUUUCGAUCGCUUUGUGUCAUCAGAGAUGACUGAUUCAACUAAUAAAAAAUUGGACCCGUUACCCCGUGUCGUACCCGUUAAAGUCCAAAUAGAACGAAAAGAGCGGUCAAAGCAGUUUAGUUUCCAUCUGUCUGGUGAUUUGGUGAGUUCGUUGCCAUCUUCUCCGCGGUCGGACUCGGAGAUUAAGACUGAGAAAAUGAUCAAAAAGGUUGAGAAAGAACGCGCCAAGCAGUUAAUAAAAGAGCGGAAACGCGAAGAAAAAGAGCAAAAGAAAGAAGACAAAAAGAAGAGUCUACCUUCCAGUAAGCCAGAGAGUCGGGACCAGAGUCAAGAGCGUCCCGACAAAAAAUUGUCAUUCAGCUUUUUCAGGCGAAAAAAAGAGACUCCCAAGUUGACAGAGGACAGUGUUGUUCUUGCAACCCCCCAACGAGCAGAGUCAGUGGACAAUACCAACAAAAAGAAGGUCACUUUUUCUUUAUUCAAAAAAAAGUCAAAAGGAUCGCCUCACACUUCAAAUUCUCAUGAAGAAAUUUUGUAA